GGCCGGAUUCAGUUCAACCUCUGGGUCAACAUCACGCAACUGCGGGGCUCUCGUGCAAGCCUUUCUGAGGCAAGGCAGGCAUCCAGCCAUGGGCAAAGCCAAAAGACGGACGUCUCAACAGGCCUCGAGCCCUGUCCAAGAAUCUCCAAGGAAAAUGUGCGUGACUAGGAGGCAAGCUUCCGCGCCAUCGACAGCAGGCAAAAGGAAUCCAGUUGUCACCAGAGCCAAAAGACAGCCGUGCCAACCAGCUCCAUCCAGCUCGGUCCAAGGUUCUCCUGGAAGAAACGGCGUGAAUAGGAGGCAAGGCUCCGCCGCCAUGAAAGCAGACAAAAGGUUCUCUGACAAGGUCAAUAUCUCGCAACCAGACACAGAGGGCAAGCUUACGGCUACGAGGUCCUUGCAGUGCGGCUUGUGCGAGAAAGUUUUCAAACGCAAGUCGCAGUUGCGAGCACACUUGUAUGUUCACGUACGCGAAAAACGGCACGCAUGUGGCGUGUGCGGCAAGACAUUCUCGCAGAAGAAGAACCUGGUGAUCCACAGUCGCUCGCACACGGGCGAGAGACCCUUCGAGUGUUCGUCCUGCCCGGCCACGUUCACCAGAAGCAGCAUUUUGAAAAGCCACAUGUUGACUCACACCGGCGAACGACCGCAUGAGUGCAGCGACUGCGGACAGAGAUUCGCCUUGAAGGCAACCCUCGCGUACCACGCGCUGACUCAUUUGGGGAAGAAGACGGUCGCCUGCCACGUGUGCGGCCGAAAAUUUUUCCGCAGCGACGCACUCCGGAGGCACGCCCGCACGCACACUGGCGAGAAGCCGUACACCUGCCACCUGUGCCCCGCUACGUUCGCGCUCUUGAAUACGCUGAAAGGGCACGUUCUGACCCACACCGGUGAACGACCUCAUAGGUGCGAUGUAUGCGGGAAGAGAUUUGCCUUAAGGGGGAACCUUUCGCAGCACAAGGAUAUUCAUUCAGGUCUAAAGAAGUUUAGCUGUCAAUUCUGUAGCCGCAAAUUCAGCUCUAAACAAGCGCUCUCAACGCACAUCCGCACCCACACAGGCGAGAAGCCUUACCUCUGCCACCUGUGUCCCGCUGCAUUCUCGCAGACGAGUACUCUGAAGGCGCACGUUCUGACCCACACCGGUGAACGACCUCAUAGGUGCGAUGUAUGCGGCAGGAGAUUCACAAAAAGAUGCGCCCUCUCGCAGCACAAGAAUAUUCACUCAGGUCUAAAGAAGUUUAUCUGUCAAUUCUGUAGCCGCAAAUUCUGCUCUAAACAGGUACUAACAGACCACACCCGUACGCAUACAGGCGAGAAGCCGUAUCUAUGCCGCCUCUGUCCUGCUGCAUUUGCGCAGACUAGUACGCUAAAACAGCAUGUUCUAACCCACAGCGGUGAGCGAACCCAUGGGUGCGAUGUAUGUGGCAAGAAAUUUGCCCGAAGAGGGAGCCUUUCGCGUCAUAAGCGCAUCCACUCGGCCAAGUAGCUAAGCUUGGCUGGAAUACAUACU